UCAUUGAAUGAUUGAUUGAUUGAUUAAGCGACAGAAAUAAAGAUAAAUGAAGCGGGGAAAAUACCACAAGGAGAAGCGAAAGUACCUUUUUAUUUUUCUUCAAAAUUAAAUACACUUAAGUUGGUUCCUUUUUCCUGAAAAAUCUACACGCUCUCCAUUUGGUGAAGAUAACAAGAAGCGCAGAUGUAGGUGCGUGUUGAAGGUAUCUCUGAAGCAAAGCUUAACAGAUGGAAGGCAAACUCCCAUUUGAAAGUCUCCUACUCAGGCGUCAAAACACUAUGAUGUCGACAAAUGUUCCUCGAAAGCAAAGCACUCCUCCGCCACAGUCAGUCUAUUUAAAUUAUCUGCGCGGAUGGCUAGGAGCGAUGUCCCUCAUUUCGUUUGCGAAUGGUAUGCAGUCGUUCGUCGAUAUGAAAUUUCUCCAUAAAUCCAUCUACACGAAUUCAACAGGCUCAGUUAACCCUCUAAUGGCUCGGAUAUUUGGUACUUGGUCUCUUCUUUCUGCAUUCCUCAGAAUCAGCUGUUCUCUGGAUUUUUCUAACUCCAUGUUAUACCAUAUGACUUUGGUUUCAUUCUUGAUGUCUAGUGGACACUUCCUCUCUGAAUUACUUUGGUUUCAGACGGCUGGCACAGGUACAGGUAUUCUGGUGCAAUUGCUUUUUUUCAGGUUUGUCUACAAUUGCAAUGGUAAUAGGAUAUUGGUUUUUAAAUUCAGAUUAUAAACCAACAAAAAACUCUUAAGAGGAGCCACUGCUGCACAAUUCAACAAUGGAAUUAUUAUACUUAAGAACAAGAGACUUCUGUGAGAAUUAGUGUGGUCACUGUACGUCUCAGAUGCUUUUAUUGCAGAUAGCUGGUUGUCUUUUAACACGUAAAAUCUCUGUUGACAUGUGGUAAACUGAUGGCUUCAUGUGCUGGAGUACAAGUCAUUGUGAGUUCAAAUCUUUUCAAAGAAAACAUAUUAGUUUCUCACGGUAAAAACUAAGUUCAUAUUUGAAUAAGUUGGUGUUAAACAAUUUACAGUUGAGUGAUUACAGUUAAAAAGCAUAUCCAUUUGUUUAGUAUUUAUGUGAAUGUCUGAAUUUGCAGAAAUAGCACACCCAGGCAGGUAUGUUAAAAAAAGAAAAAUUAUUGAAAGUUUAAAGUCUUCUCCUCACCAAAACCUCUGUCACAAGUAUUGUAUUGUGCCCUUGGGUGAAGUUAAAAACAUAUUCCCUCUACCUCAGCUUGGCUUGUUGGUAAAUAUAUUGGUAUUUGAAAGAUCUGGAGUCAGUAAUUUUGGUAAGACUUCCGCCUAUCCCCCACCCCCAUUUUUUUGCCAAAAAUCUUCAUUGUGAAAAUUCCGCCCCAACUUCUUCAAUUUUGACUUUUUUCCAUAACACUAACCCUAAAACCCUAACCUUAACCCCCUAACCCUAACCCUAAAACUGUAACCGUAAGUGCAGAAAUGUUUUGAAAUUCUUGUCCGAAUCCAGAUGUCUGCAUUUUUCCGCAUAUUUAGAAAAGAAAAAAUUCUUAAAAAACAAUUUUACAAAGAUUUUUGGAAAUUGAUUUCAGAAUCAUAAUCUCCGUAUU